AUGGACGUCGACAUGAAGAACAAAGAUGACGGCGAAGACAAAGGCAUCAUUGUGCCCACAAGCAGCAGCGGUAGGGAGAGGGACAGGGAUCGUGAUUAUGACCGUGAAAAGGAUAGGGACCGCGACCGUGACCAUGACCGUGAUAGAGAUAGGCGGGACCGCGACAAGGACAGGGAUCGUGACCGCGACAGGCGAGAGCCGGGUCGCGCCCGUCCUCGAGUAGGCGACCAUUGGGAACCAGACAGGCGCAAUGGCGAUCGUCGAAAACGUUCCAGGACCCGUUCUCGUUCGCGUUCGAGGCGUCGUUCCGCUUCACCGCGUCGACGCCGUCGUUCUCGUUCCCGAACCCGUUCUCGGUCCCCACGGUCGCGCAGCCGCUCCAGGAGUCGCGACCGGAAGCCUGCCGAUGCGUUUGCGCGCUCCCUAGGUGGCCCAAUGAAUGCCGAUCACGAAGAAGCGGUCGAGUUUGCCAAGAUCAGCAAGAGAGAAAACCGGGUUUACGUCGGCAACCUCAGCUACGAGGUCAAGUACCGAGACUUAAUGGAAUUCAUGAGGGGAGCUGGUGAGGUCCUCUUCGCCGAAGUACUCGUCACACCUACCGGAGUAUCCAAAGGAUGCGGCAUCGUCGAGUUUGCCUCGCAAGAAGACGCCCAACGAGCAGUCCGUGAACUGUCGGAACAACCUCUUCUUGGUCGACCGGUUUUCAUCAGAGAGGAUCGUGAAACAGAGGCCCGCUUUGGUGCCACCCCAGUUCCAGGUAAAAUUGGGAUGGCGAUGGCUGGUCAAGGGCUGCAUGCUGCACCCCCUCCAAGACCUCCUUCCCACAACUACUUUGGCACUCAAGCCAACCCAGGCAACCAACUUUAUGUUGGCAAUCUCCCCUACCAAGCAGGUUGGCAGGAUUUGAAAGACCUUUUCCGAACCGCCGGGAACAUCAUUCGCGCUGAUAUCAACAUCGGUGCAGACGGGCGUCCCAAAGGUUCAGGAACUGUCGUCUUUGAAACUCCCAAAGACGCCCAGCAGGCAAUUAGCAUGUACCACGGCUUCGACUGGUACGGCCGCACCCUCGAAGUCCGAGAGGACCGUUAUGCCGGUCUCUCCGGCUCAGGUGGCUUCCGUGGUGGUGCGCCCCGCGGACUGGGUCGCGGUCUGCGCGGAGGUUUCAGAGGUGGGUUUAGAGGCGGCUUCCGUGGAGGAGGAUAUGCUGGAGCUGGUGGUGGUUCCGGGCGGGACUUCUCCAACCAAGAUAUCUAUGCCGACUAUUCUGGCCCAGAUCAAAGCGCUGCAGCCCCUGUUGCUGGUGCAGGGAUGAGGAUGGAUGCGUACGGAGCGGGACAGGGUGGUGGUGGUUAUGGUGGCCCUGCUGGAUAUGGUGGUGGUGGGGGAUAUGCAGAUGCGGAGCCUAGUCAGCAAAUCAUGGUUCGCAAUUUGCCCUGGUCGACGGCCAACGAAGAUUUGGUGGAAUUGUUCGAGACUACCGGCCAGGUCGAGUUGGCGGAGAUUCUAUUCGAUGGAACCCGCUCGAAGGGCUGUGGUGUCGUUCAGUUUGCACAGGUUCCGGAAGCUGAGACGGCUAUCGCCAAAUUCCAGCACUAUAUGUAUGGUGGUCGUCCUUUGGACGUGCGCUUCAAUGAUCGCUGGCACACAUUCACCCCUUCCGCGGCGAAGGGUGGUCAGGUUGCACCCAUGCAAGCUGAUAUGGUUUAG